AUGGUUCCUCCCGGAAUGGAAGAGGGCCAGACUGGUCCUCCUCCGAAAAGAGGGCAAGCCGACGGACUCGCCGUCCGCAUACCGGCCGUUUACUCAAUGAGGCUGGCAAGCUCCUGGAGCGCAUUGUCGCAAACCGCUUCACCGAACAUCUGGCCGACUGCCAGUUUGGAUUCCGCAGUCGUCCAGGUGGUCCAGCUCCACCUUGAAGUGUGGCUAGAGCAGGGGGUCGGACGCCUCACCUAUCGGGUGACGCAGGUGCUCAUCAGGCACGGUUGCUUCGGUGAGUAUCUGUGUCGUAUAAGGAAGGAGCCGAUAGCACAGUGCCACGAGUGCGGGGCGGCCAGCGACUCGGUGCGGCACACUGUGGAGCAUUGUCCACAGUGGGCCAAUGAGCGCCGAGAGCUGACCGCCAAAAUAGGAGAUGACUUGUCCCUGGAAGGCUUGAUGAGGGUGUUGGUCUUCAGGGACAAAGAUGAGUGGGAAGCC